UUCCCAAAAGUAGACUCGCUUUCAGCGUCCUUCCUCAGAUUCUCUCUCUUUCUCUCUUUCUGUUGAUAUAUUCUGUUAUCGCUUCUCUACGUACCUCUGAUCCCAAACUGGAAACGGCCUUGUUUUCUGAGAGGCAUUUCAUCGAAACAGGCACCAUGAUUAAGUUGUUUAAAGUAAAGGAAAAGCAGAAAGAACUAGCUGAAACUGCUGCUGGGGAGCCUCCAGUCAAAAAGCAAACUGCUGGACAUUUACGUCUUAUCAGAGAUAUAAGUGAAUUAAAUCUGCCAAAAAGAUGUACCAUAAAAUUCCCUAAUGGCCAGGAUGAUGUUAUGCACUUUGAAGUAACCAUCUGUCCUGAUGAAGGAUAUUAUGAGCAUGGGGCUUUUGUUUUCUCUUUUCAAGCUUCUCCACUCUAUCCCCAUGAACCACCUAAGGUUAAAUGCAAGACAAAGGUCUACCAUCCGAACAUCGACUUAGAGGGAAAUGUCUGCCUAAACAUUUUACGAGAAGACUGGAAACCUGUGCUAAAUGUAAACACAAUCAUUUACGGGCUAUAUCACCUUUUUACGGAACCAAAUCACGAGGAUCCUCUCAACUAUGAGGCUGCUGCAGUGUUGAGAGAGAACCCGAAAUUGUUUGAAAGUAAUGUUAGGAGGGCUGUGAGUGGUGACCUUGUGGACGGCACUUGGUAUCCUAGCGCCUAUUGUCCCUACACCGAUGAAGAAUGAAUCAGUUGCCAACUUACUCGAAGUUGGGGUUCAAAAAUCUGUACAUUUUAGAUGCUCCUCUCUAUCUGCAGUCUUUCUGCUUCAAAUUUGAGACUGCAGGAACUGGGAAGUAGAUAGCUGCUCAUAUCCUACUAUAGCAUAAUAAUUGAUUUUCAGUUUAGACAUUGUUGAAGAUAAUUAAGGUUAAAUCUCCUGUUUUGAAGAAAAUGAUGAGAUUGCUGUUGA